AUGGAUUACAAGGGCAGGCCGUACGACGUGUUUGACAUUCAAGCAGGAUCAGCAGGAGCUGGAGCAGGAGGAGGGCCGGACUUCUCCCAACCACGUUUCUCCUCCUCCCUCCCGACCUACCUGCCGGUCCAAUGCCAGCUAAGUGGCGCUGACUCUGCGUUCUUCUUGCGGGAAGCCAAUCAGGAGGUUAUGAGAAACGGCAGCCUAUCACAGCGGACCGAGCCCUUCUUCCUCCACCAGCUGGAAGCGGGCGUCGCAGCCCCACAGUCCCUGCCCAGUGUCAACUGCAGCUAUGGAAACAUGAGCAUCGAGCAGCCAAUCCCAGUGGAGCUACUGCAAGGGUCGCCACCGCACCUGCUGCCAACAACCAACCAUGUGACUCUGAACUGGAAGGUCAAAGGUCAAGUGGUGAUGCCCAAAGUGGGGUCAACACGGCCCUGGAUACAGGUACUCUUUCAUCUAGUGGGGAGGCGUUGGGACGAGCCUGACCCGCCUCCCCCGGCCCUCCUCCCAUGUGUCAGAGCCUUGGCCAUACGUGACACCAGUGAAGCGGCACCCUCGGCGGGCUGCCGCCUCAUGGGACCAUCUGGCAUCUGUGUGGUCCGUCUGGAGCUUCCCCCAGCUUGGUUUACACCCCCACAAGUGAGAAAAAGACCUCCUGAAGUGACUCUGCCUUCAGUGGAUGUGUAUUACUCAAUCAUACCAAUGGACGGGGCUGGUCAGGAGUGUCCCUCCAUAGUCAAUGAGCAGUGGAAAGGUCAGAGUGCAAACGUCAGCCCUCUGGAAAGACUGGGAUUGGGCCUUGGGGGACAGUGGAGCCCUCUAGUGGACGGAGGGCUUCAGGACAUGAUGAAAGCUGGUUCUGUGGGAUUGACGAUAGGCCCAGUUUCAGCAAAAGGAGAAAAACUGAGACUGGAUGAGAAUGUGGAGGUUCUGGUGCCACCCAGUCCGGUUCGACUUGGCAAGACAGUUGCGUUUGGCGUCUACAUGAGGACAGAUUCAAACACUGAACAGUUUACAUUGAGGGUGUGGUUCCAGUCAGGCAUCAACUUCCUUGCGGUGAAACCAAGCAACCUGGUGGCGUGGGAGAUCAAACAGGAAAUGGCACCGGGAAGCAGUUCGUUGGCGGUGAUGUGUCAGAGAAAGGCGUACUCUACGGCAGAGAGAUUGGAAAGUCCGUCAUACGAAGUGAUGCAGCUGGAAUUUGAAGUGGAUAACGUCAUCAACCUGGUGCCAACCCAGACUCUACACUGGAACAUCGAAUACCAGAUUGGCUCACAGACAACCUCCAGGCAAACAGAGAAAGUCUCGCACCUCUACAUCAGCAAUGCCGACAUACAGGGCAUCGUACCGCUGGCUGAGGACACAGAGGUAGUGAACACCGCCAUACUUACAGGUCGGCGUGUUGCAAUGCCAAUCAAACUGGUUACCGUGGAAACUGACGGGCAGGUGAGGGAGGUGGACGACCCUGUCACCUGCACCUCGACAGAUGUGGACGUGGUUAAGGUUUCCCCAAACUGCGACCAGGUUUUAGUGAAUGGUAAAGAAAUGCGCGGUCGCCAGUCCCUGGCGGUAAACUUCACCUACCUGCACCUCUCUGCUCAGCUGCUGCUCACUGUCUGGGUGCCAAAGCUUCCUCUGCAGAUAGACGUGUCAGAUACAGAACUGAGCCAGGUCAAAGGCUGGAGGGUUCCCAUCAUCACUAACAAGAGACCUACGAGAGACAGUGAAGAUGAUGAAGACGAUGAGAGGAAGGGAAAAGGUUGCACCCUACAGUACCAGUAUGCCUUGGUGCGAGUCCUCACUCAUUUUGUCGCAGAGCCCUCUGACCCAGGAGGAGAGAUGGUCUACAUGUUAGGAGCAGACUGGCAAGCAGAUAUCACUCAUUUGGUGUUGGAUCAACUUAAGGUGGAAGAUCCUCGUAUUGCACGACUGAUAGACGGUCGAAUCUUGAUCGGACGUGACCUAGGGAUCACAACUAUACAG